AAGGGUUGGAGCUAUGGCGGCCAGGGCGGCGAGUAGCGGGCGCUGGGAGGUAGUGAAGAAGGGUCGGCGUCCUGGAGCCAGCAGUGGCGGUCGAGGCAGCGGCGGAGACCGUCGGGCGCUCGGGGAGGCGAACGGCGUGUGGAAAUACGACCUGACCCCUCCAAUCCAGACCACAAGCACCCUCUAUGAGCGGGGCUUUGAGAAAAUCAUGAAGAGGCAGAAUAAGGAACAAGUUCCACCCCCUGCUGUGGAGCCCAAGAAACCAGCUAAGAAGAAGCAGCCAAAGAAGGUGGCAACUCUCCCCAACCAAAACCAGAAGCAGGGCCCCUUCCGCAGCCUGGAGGAGGCACUGAAAGCUUUGGAUGUGGCAGCUCUGCAGAAGGAACUGGACAAAAGCCAGAGUGUGUUCACUGGGAACCCCUCUGUGUGGCUGAAGGACCUGGCCAGCUAUCUCAACUACAAGCUCCAGGCUCCACGCAGCGAGCCCACUCUAAGCCAACAUACACAUGAUUAUCCCUACAGCCUGGUGAGCCGGGAGCUUCGUGGGAUCAUCCGAGGGCUCCUGGCAAAGGCAGCAGGGUCUCUGGAGCUCUUUUUUGACCACUGUCUGUUCACCAUGCUACAAGAGCUGGAUAAAACUCCAGGGGAAUCACUGCAUGGAUACCGCAUCUGUAUCCAGGCCAUUCUGCAAGACAAGCCCAAGAUUGCCACCAUGAACCUGGGCAAGUUCCUAGAGCUACUGAGGUCCCACCAGAACCAACCAGUGAAGUGCCUAACCAUCAUGUGGGCUCUGGGGCAAGCAGGUUUUGCCAACCUCACCGACGGACUGAAAGUGUGGCUGGGGAUCAUGCUGCCUGUGCUGGGCAUAAAGUCUCUGUCUCCCUUUGCCAUUGCAUACCUGGAUCGGCUGCUCCUGAUGCAUCCUAACCUCACCAAAGGCUUUGGCAUGAUUGGCCCUAAGGACUUCUUCCCACUUCUGGACUUUGCCUAUAUGCCCAACAACUCCUUGACAUCUAGCCUACAGGAGCAGCUGUGUCAGCUCUACCCCCGGCUGAAGGUGCUGGCAUUUGGCGCAAAGCCGGAAUCCACCCUGCACAUCUACUUCCCUUCCUUCCUGUCCAGAGCCACUCCAAACUGUCCCUCUGGGAUGAAGAAAGAGCUCCUGAGCAGCCUGACCCAGUGCCUGACUGUGGACCCUCUCAGCACCAGCAUCUGGAAGCAGCUGUACCCAAAACACCUGCCACAGUCCAGCCUGCUGCUGGAACACCUACUCAGGUCCUGGAAGCGGAUUCCCAAGAAGGUGCGGAAGUCUUUGCAAGAAACCAUUCAGUCUUUCAAGCUUACCAACCAGGAACUGCUAAAGAAGGGCAGCAGUAGCAAUCAGCAUGUCAUCACUUGUGAUGCUGCCUGCAAGAGCUUGUUGCAGCAGGCACGGGGCCCUCGGCCACCCUGGACCCGACUACUCCUGUUGCUGCUGGUCUUUGCUAUAGGUUUCCUGUGCCAUGACUUCCGGUCGAACAGCUCUUUCCAGGCCACCCUUGCUGGUCGGUUACUGCGAUCGUCUGGUUUCUUGCCUGCUGGCCAACAAAUGUGUGCCAAACUCUAUUCCUACAGCCUCCAAGGCUACAGCUGGCUAGAGGAGACACUACCGGCCUGCGGUUCCUACCUUCUCACCAUAGUUGAGCCCGGCUUGCAAGUAGCCUGGGCCCACACCAAUGCCACAGUUAACUUCCUUUCUGCCCACUGUGCCUCCCACCUUGCCUGGCUUGGUGACAGUUUCACUGGUCUCUCUCAGAGGCUGCAGGUCCAGCUCCCUGAUGCCCUGCACCAGCUGCUCCAUUAUCUGAGAGAGCUACUCCUGUUCUUCCACCAGAGUAUUCUGCUGCCAGUGUGGCACCUGCUGCUUGCGGCUCUAGCCCAGGCCCAGGAGCGCUGCCAUCAUGCCUGCAGAGGUGAGGUGACCUGGGACUGCGUGAAGACACAGCUCUGUGAGGCUGCUCACCGGACCUGGCUCUGCCUACAGGACAUCACAGUAGCUUUCUUGGACUGGGCACUCGCCACAAUAUCGCAGCAAUAGGCCCUGCCUCUCUGGCCACUGGUUUCUGUCAUGAGCAGGCCAUCUGAAACUGCCAGAGGGCAGAGAGUGGCAGCUCUGUUUUUAUUGGUGCCUGAGUUCUGUCUCCUAGGCAAGUGGCUAGUUGCCUCUGCUCCAGUUCUUCCAUCUUCAGUGGAGGCUUGGUGAGGGGUUUUUUGGCCUCCUGCCCAAAGGUCUGCUAGACACCUUGGGCCCAGUUGCACAGUUCCCAGCCUCCUUUGGGCUGGUAGCCUCUCUCAACUGCUCUCUUGCCUCCUCUCUACUCUACUUCCCUCCAUUUCAUUCCUAAAAUCCUAACAGCUCAUCUCCAAAAAGAUGGGACUUCCCAUGAGUUCAGCAUCCUCCUCUUCCCAUUCUUGGUCACAACUUUAGCCACAGCAAAAAAGGGAAAGGACCUCCAGAAGCGUCCAGCGCCACAAUGGAUAGCAGCAGCAACUGCACCUCUGCCCACAGCCUGGGUGUGACUGUCAAUGAACAUAGGAGCCAAGGGAGUAUACCUGUCACCUCAGCACACUCAGAACAGACCCUCUGAGGCCCCUCGCUGCCCCCUCCGUCAGAGUCCCACUUUCUCAACUCAUUCUCCUUCAGUGUUGGGACUCUGCCUCACAGCUCAGUGCCUGUCCACUGCCCAACCACCCAUCCACCUGGAGAACAGAGCCCAGGUACUUACAGCCUCGGGCCCACGGAACCUCCAUCAGCCUGUUUAGACAGUCAGCGGAUGGCUUCUGGGUAUGCCUAGCAGGUGGAAUAAAGGACACAGAUUCGAUUUCUAGCUUUCCUGUCUGCAUCUACAAAGAAAUUCCCAUAGUUAUGGCCCAGAACAACAGAAUAUUGGGCCCCUGCUCUGGGUAUUGUGGCACUGUCCUUAGUUGAGCUUCUGGCAGAGAAGUCACAUCCAUCAUCUGAAACUAGACAUCCCUCCUGUUGCUCUCCUAGUUUUAUUUACCUUACUUGUCAUUAAUUCCUAUCCAAGAUUUGCCUUCACAGGUCAAGUGUUUCUUGACUAGAGAAGUAGGGGGAGAGGGAUCCUCCUAGUCUUUUCCUGCCAGCACUUUAAUUUAUUAAUUGGUUCAUUGUCUUUCUGUUUGUCUUGCAGUACUAGAGUUUGAACUCAGGGCCUCAUGCUUGCUAGGCAGAUACUCUGCCACUUGAGCCAUGUCCCUGUCCUAAUUGGUUGGUUUUAUAAGCCAGUGAGUGAAAGAUUUAAAACUCCAAAAACACAUUCCCAGAGUUUGGUUUGAAACAAAUAACUGUGCUGGUAUUUCAGUUCUCACCUUAAGUUUCUUUCCUCAAAUAUCAGAUGUAAGAACUGCCACCCCAGUUCUACAGGCUGCCUUCUGUUUCACUCAGAAGCACCAGAGUGAUCAGCAGGGAUGAUGGCCAGUUACCAGGUUCCUUCUUACAUGUGCUCUGAGAUGCCCCUUGCUUUUCCAGCAGCAACAGUAUUAAGUAGCAAGUAUAGAAACAUCUUGACCCAAAGUGAGGUCAUGAACAACACAGAAUCCCACACUUGUUAUUUCUCCUCUUGGGAAGUAGACAGCCCACUUCAGGCAAACCCUUGCUCAUCUAGUGCCAGUUAACCAUGACUAUUUCCCAGGGAAGAGAAGCUUUGCCUGCCAAAGGGCCAAGGGCCAGGCCUGCUAUACUGGAGUAUCCAAGGGUCCCAAAACAUGUUCCAUUUCUUCACUUCCUAUCAGUUGGGCAUAAAUGGGUUCAGCCCUUCCUAAGCAUAGUGAAUCCUUGGAACUGGCCUGUAUUUGAGGUAAGUUGGAGAGAAAACUAUUGCGAACCUAGGUCGGUGGUCACAGAAGAUGAGAUGAUUGGUUACAAGAUGAGUCUGGGGCUGCUGGGUUGAGUUCUUCGGAUCCAGCAACUAAGAAUGCCAUAAAUAUGCUGGCUUCUAAUAUGUAAACUAGUUUACCUUAUUGGAUUCAUGUGAUUUCUGACAUUAAUCCUUGGGUGCAAC